UUCUUGCAACUUUUUCAGGCAGCUCCAGAAAAUGCCAUCAUCUUGCUUCAUGCUUGUGCACACAAUCCAACUGGAGUAGAUCCCUCUAAGGAGCAGUGGAAGAAGAUAGCUGAGAUCAUGAAGAGGCGUAAGCUGUUCCCUUUGAUAGACAUGGCUUAUCAAGGUUUUGUGACUGGUGAUCCAGACGAGGAUGCAUGGGCUGUGCGCUACCUUGUCAGUGAAGGAUUUGAACUGUUAGUUGGACAGUCCUUUGCCAAAAACUUUGGACUGUACAAUGAAAGGGCUGGCAAUCUUUGUGUUGUGAUGACUGAUAAUGAUACUGCUGAACGUAUUCGAACCCAGCUUAGGGCAAUCAUCCGUCCAAUGUGGUCAAAUCCACCCAAUCACGGGGCUCGUAUUGUGGCAACUAUACUUAACAAUCCUGCUCUGAAUAGUGAAUGGCGCGACACCUUGAAGUCAAUGGCUGGACGCAUUCUGGAGUGCCGAAAGCAGCUUUUUAACAAGCUGAAGGAACUUGGAACACCAGGAACGUGGAAUCAUAUUGUAGACCAGAAGGGAAUGUUUGGAUUUACUGGGCUGAAUGUAAAGCAAGUGGAGUUUUUAGCUAAGAAAUACCACAUCUACCUCCUGAACAGUGGACGAAUUAACAUCUGCGGGAUCACUACUCACAAUGUGGACUACGUGGCGCAGGCGAUUCAUGACGCCGUCACCACACUAUCUGACUGAGUGCUGUAAAUCACGCUAUACACUGCUAGUCGUCUUUGUUUGCGUAUCCCGGUAACACUGUGUGUGAUCUCGCGCAAAACGUGCGCGUCUGUCUACCAACGUCGCGCAAACGUGAGGUUCAGUUUUUCGCGUGAAUCGAGAUGGCUAACAGUCAGACAGUUGUUUGGUCUUUGAGGGAUCUGGAAUUCGAUAUAACAGGGGAGAAUUCCAGUCUUUAUUGAAACGGUGUGAUGAACAGUGAUUAUUUUUAAAUCGAAAAUUUACUUCUUGGCUAAGCCGAGAGCGUUUCCUUUUCAGAUCUUAUUAAAGUCAGUCAAAGGUAUGUCGUAUUUGUGAAUCUCGUAGUCGCAACAAAUCGGUUAAGGGAAAAUUAAUAAAAAACGUUUCUUCAAAUAAACAAUUAUUGUUUUGAUUUUUUGAGAACCAUCAUGUGUAUUUAAUCAAAACCUAAAGAAUUACUCUGGCCACCGCCGGACGCAAAGUGCACCAAAGCUGCGAAACAAACGUAGCCCAACUGCUCGUAAAAACACUAUGUCUGCACUGAUUUCUGCGAACUGAAAUUAAACGCAACUUCUUUAAAACACACACAAUUACUUUGGCCUCAGUUUAAGUAAACCUAAGCGCGAUUAAAUACUCGUCCCUCUUAAUGCCCUCGAGUCUUCUCCAGCCCGAGUAAAAAUAGUUAAAAUUUGAGCUCAACGUUAAAUAUCAUGUGAUGACGUAGCCCUGUAGAUCUCUUCAGGGUGUCCCUGAUUGGAUGUUAUACGAGAAAUUUCAAAUCGAGCACCAACCAAUGAGGGACAUUUCACCGAUCUGUGUAAGAAGCUUUAUGUUAAUAACGCGCCACGGAAACCUCCGCUGUAGAUGGAAAGCUUAACAAAUCUAGAGUAUUAUUCUGACUGUACGUUUUGCCACUGUUUAAGUCGGUUAAGUGAUACUUGAUUUACUUGUAGACUGGUUAUUAAAAGGAUCUAACAUCGUG